CUAUGUCGCGUCCCCCGCCGCCCGGCCGCUUUGGCGGGUGCCUGCCGGCGCGGCCGGACUAGCGUAUGGUACUCCAUCGUCGUCGAACCGGCUGCUAACGUUACUAUACUGAUAUAAAAUGUUACGCUUACAGAUUUUGCGAGGAGAAAAGUAAUACUUACAUAAAGCAACCGCCCCCUUUUGCAGAGAGCUUUCUAAGUCUGCUCUACCCUACCCAUAGCAUGCGAUGUCACUGCCAGUCAUUUGUCAAAUGUUGAUCAGGAGAGAAUAGUUUCACCUCAGCUCUACCCAAAAGAUUGAAUGAUGGCUGAGUCUGGAUCUGCCCCGGUUCCUCUCAAGAGUAAACGGUGUACCCUGGAAAGAGCGGAGAAGUUUAUAUCAGAUGCCUACUUCACUGACUGUAAUUUGUAUGGAAAGCUUUUUCUAGAAAAGCACCCUGUGCGCAUCACUCACAGAAAGGUCAAAGGUCGGAUGACCUUUGGGGAGGCCACUCAGGCAUGGAAUGCGGGUUGUUCCAAGUACCCAGCUGCCGAAGUAGUCAAGCCAGGGUCAUCAUAUGGUCCUACGUGGGCGACUCACUGGUUCCGCAUCCAGUUCCAGAUUCCUAAGGCUUGGAACAAGAAGGAGGUCCACCUUCUCUGGAACUCAAACUCUGAAGCAAUGGUCUGGAGUCCUUCAGGAGAGCCUCUUCAGGGAUUGAAUAAAGAUGAUCGAACCAGCUUCAUCCUAACCUGUCCACGUAGCUUGUUAAAAUAUGAACACCUUUACAUUGAGAUGGCUUGCAAUAAGAUCCUAGGAGCAGGGAAUGAUCUGAUCGAUGCGCCCAUAAUGGAUAGCACUUUCACACUAUCCCAAGCUGAGCUUGGUCUCUUCAACCGGGAUGCUUAUGACUUGAUGAUGGAUGUUGAAGUAUUAGUUGAUAUGGUUAAGUAUUUACCCGAGGACCGAGAACGCGGAUAUCAGGCUCUCUACACCGUCAAUCGAAUGAUGAAUGCUUGUUCGGCCGAUCAGCCAGAGACCUACCAGGCUGCUAGGGAUAUCUGCAGGAAAUUCCUUGAGGAAAAGAACGGAGACUCUGCUCACACCAUCCAUGCGAUAGCCAAUGCUCAUAUUGAUUCUGCCUGGCUUUGGCCCUAUGCAGAGACCAAAAGGAAGGUAGCCAGGACCUGGUCUAAUGUCCUAAGUCUUGCUGAGGACUACCCGGAUCUUAACUUUGCCUUCUCCCAGGCCCAGCAAUUUCAGUGGGUGAAGAGUGACUACCCAUCGCUCUACAGGAAGAUACAAGACCUGGCCAAGAGAGGGCGCUUCAUCCCUGUAGGGGGGUGCUGGGUGGAGAUGGACGGUAAUCUGCCGAGCGGGGAAUCGUUCGUCAGGCAGGUCCUGUACGGACAGAGGUUCUUCAAGGAAGAGUUUGGGAGUUAUUGUACAGAGUACUGGUUACCCGACACCUUCGGUUACUCUGCUCAGCUCCCUCAGAUAUUGGCGGGAGGAGGAAUGAAGAGGUUCGUUACGCAGAAGAUGAGCUGGUGUAUCGUCAAUAAAUUCCCUCACAAUACUUUCUGGUGGCAGGGCAUAGAUGGUACCAAAUGUCUUGCGCACUUCCCUCCAACGGACACCUACCAUGCUAGGGUCAACGUUGAAGAGUGUCUGAAGAAUGCCAAAAACCACCAAGACAAAGGACGCUCUGAUCACAGUCUGAUGCUUUAUGGCUUUGGUGAUGGAGGCGGUGGACCAACGAAAGAUAUGCUGGAGAGGAUGCAGAGACUUAAAGAUGUAGACGGCGUCCCGAGGGUCAAGCCUUCCACGCCGAAGGAGUUCUUUUCAACCGUGGAGAAAGAUGGAGGCAACCUGUGCACAUGGCAAGGGGAGUUAUACCUUGAGCUUCACCAGGGUACCUUCACCACACAGGCAGAGAUCAAGUACUUGAAUAGGAAGUUAGAACACAAGUUGCAGCUGGCCGAGUUCCUCUCAGCCCUUCAGCCCGCUGGUAAAGAAGCCCUGAUGCAGGAAACCAUCUCGGAGAAAUGGAAACGACUUCUCCUCCAUCAGUUCCACGAUGUUCUACCAGGGAGCUGCAUCAGGGAGGUUGUAGAAGAUGCUGUUACCGACAUGAAAGCUUUGAGCAGGGAAUUGGAUCUGGAGAAAAUUAUUUUAAUCAACUCACUGUCCCAGAAUAUCAAGGGAGGAAAGCCUUCGUCCGUGCUUGGGUCAAAGGUCAUAUGCAACCAUCUAAGCUGGGAGCGCACAGAGGUGAUUGACCUGGGCCAGGGGUCAAUGUCAAAUGCUUCCGGGUCAAGCAGUGAUAGUCCUACACCGGCCAAGAAGGCAAAGAAGGUGGGCGGUGGUUCUCAAAAUGAGGACAACUUUGCUAUGGUAACCAUUCCCGCAAUGUCGGUGUCAACUGUUCUUCAGUGCACCCCAUCAUCCACUCCUGUCCCUGCUCGGAUUGAAGCCGUCAGCAACGGUUACAAGCUCUGGAAUGAACACCUUUUGGCCUUUGUAGACUCCUGCGGAAGAUUGACCCAAAUGAACUUGAGUAAGCCUGGAGGACUCGAACCUGUCUACCAGAAACCUGAUGUCAUCCCUGAUGGUGGUAACUAUGGCAACCAGUUUGUGAUGUUUGAUGAUGUACCUCUCUAUUGGGAUGCCUGGGAUGUGAUGGAUUAUCAUCUUGAAACAAGGAAGCCCGUGAACGAGUGUACAUCCAUUGAAAUAGUAGAGAUGAACCCUCUACAAGUUUCUCUCAAGGUUGGACUAAAGAUCAGUGAGAGAAGCUACAUUGAACAGAGGAUCGUACUCAGAGCUCAUUCUAAGUAUCUGGAGUUCCAUACAAAGGUCCACUGGGAUGAAUCUCACAAGUUCCUCAAGGUGGAGUUCCCUGUCAACGUUCACUCUCCUGAGGCGACCUUUGACAUCCAGUAUGGCCACCUCAAGAGACCAACCCAUCAGAACACUUCCUGGGACUGGGCCAGAUACGAGGUGGUAGGCCACAAGUGGAUCGAUUUAUCACAGUAUGACUGGGGUGUGGCCAUCCUCAACGACUGCAAGUAUGGACACUCUGUCAUCAAGAAUGUCAUGAGGAUCUCAUUGUUACGUUCUCCUAAGAAGCCAGACCCAGAAGCUGAUAUCGGUGAUCAUGUCUUUUCCUAUGCCAUCAUGCCUCAUACAGGUACAUACCAGUCAGCGGGUGUAAUCCAAGCAGCGUACGAGUUCAACAAUCCUCUUGCACCGAUGCCAUUGCCCACUGCUACGACCCUUGACCUGAGGGAGGUCUUCACCAUAGCUCCCUCUUCAGUCAUCAUUGAGUCAGUCAAGAAGUCUGAGGAUGCUAACGACUGCGUGGUGGUCCGCUGCUAUGAGGCUUACGGAGGAGAAGUGCUCGCAAAACUAACAACAAAAUUAGAAGCAACCAAAUUCUCAAGAUGUAAUCUCCUUGAAGACGAAGAUGCUGAUUGUGGUGGGUUCUUGGAAGAAGCGCCAUCCUCAGUUUGUUUCAGACUCACACCAUUCCAGAUAGCCACAAUCAAAAUACAGCUAAAACCACACUAGCUGCUCAGUUGAAAUUUAGAAAUCUUGUACCAGUACUUUUGUUGGGGUAAUUCCUUCAGGUUGUGUCCUAAGAUGACAAAAUGUCCAUGUUAUCUAGAUAUUUAGCGAAUAUUGGAUGUCCUUGAGUGGGAUGUGAAGAAAUAUUGUUCUUCAGCGAGUAACAAUAUUUCUACGCAUCCCAUGAAAAUUGGUCAUCCAAUAUUGUUACUAUUAUUUAGAUACCCCCACAAAUCUAAACAUAAAGUAAUGAAGCAAAAAAAAAUGUUUUUAGUAACCAUCAUUUAUGGAAAUCCUGUAAAUCGUAAGCAAGGCGCCGGAGUAAUGUCAUUAACAAAAAAAAGAUAUCUCUGUAAUAAAGUAAAGAUGUGCUAGCGUAUAGUGCAAGCGCAUUUGAAUUCAAUAAAUUGACGCUCCUUUACCACACCUUCUGGCAACUAAUACGCAAUGUAAUUGAAUUGUGACAUAACAGUAGAUUAAUGAGCUCAAUCAUUAGCUUGUUGGCGGGACCAAAUAUUCAAUAUUGGAUGGUUUUCAUAGGCAUGCACGUUAAAAUUAGUUUUAAUAUUUUGUCUCUUUGAAACGACCUCCAAGACGUCAAAAUAUAUCUGCGCCUCUAAAACCCUACAUCUAAAUAAUAUCUAUUUUAUCUCACAGUGAAGUUCAGUUCAGAUGUGGCUAAGUCUUGUCCAUGUAAGGAAUGUCUCCACCCAUAGAUAUUUAUGUUUGAUCUUGAAAUCUUUUUGGGGUUUGCUGUAGUUCUAAAACUUUUUAACUGACAUUUCAUGGUACUUAACCUUCAUAUAUCAUUGGCAAUAGACUGUCGGGUCUGAAAUUAAUAUACAUCAUGAUGAUGUUCAACUGGGGCCCGUCUUAGAAAGAGUUGCAAUUGAUCCGAUCAAUCGCAACUAUGGAAAGCCAGCAAAGUCAACAUAUGAAAUGCAUGUUUGUUCAAAAAAAAUUCUAGAUAUGAAUGUAUAUCCAUAAAUUCAUUGAUUUCUUGACAGUUUGAUGUGUUCUCCUUUGCUUACAAAAAACAUUUUGCAAAUUUCCUUUAGAAAAAAUUAUGACACUGAUGGAUUUCCAUAGAGUUAUAAUUGAUUGGAUCAUUCGAAACUCUUUGUAAUACAGGGCCCUGGUAAACCUUAGUGGGACGCCAAUUUUAAGCCGCAGAAGUGAUCAUUGGAAGAUUUUUGCCUAUUUCAAAUGAAGCACAUUUUUUUUUAGUUCUGGUAUGUCAAAAUGAAAGAAAAGACCCAAUCCAAUGGAAUGACCUUUUUUAAAGGUCAAGUAAUUAUUUAUGGUAAAGAGCAGUCAUGUUCUUUCUAAUCUAUGUUCUUCUAGAUGCAUAUUAUCGUAAGAGGUCUGCAACAAAAUGAUUUUCUUCAGGGGUCUGUUAAAGACCUUUUGAUUUCGAUAACUUUGCCAUUAUGCUACAACUAAAACUCAUGAUAAAGCAAAUAUGAAUUGUGCAAAAUGUUAGAAAAAAUAUUAAGUUCCCAAGCAGAUAAAAUUCCGCAAAUGCAUGGUUAGCACAGCAAUCAGUUUUGCUGGACAGAUUUUUCUCGCUAGAUAGGCACAAUUUGAUGUUGCUUCGAUUUUCAUUGUA